UGUCAGUCGGUUGCUUUGGGCGAGCGUUUUCGCGUAAACUAAUUGAUUUCAUCUAAUUAAAUUAUAGUGAAUCAUUGUGAUACCGAUGCAUUUGUGAUGUGAGCCAUGUUAAUUAAUUCUGUGUUAACAUUGAUCGUAGUGACUUCAAAAUAGGGGGUGUAACACAAAACAAAAAUGGCUUCGGGAGAUACUGAUCACAUAGAAAUUAUGGAUAGUUCAGUGACGAAAAAGGCGGAUAUCGGCACAGGGCCGUCAGGCUCGGAGGACGAUGAUCGCGACAGGCUUUCCAUUGCUGAAAAAAAUGUUCCGUACGAUCCGGCGGUCGGCCCGAUGGGUGCGAUCAGCAAAGUGCACAAGUCGGACCGAAAGAUCGGCCACCGUCGGGUCGGCGAGGGCGGCGAGAUCACGUACAAGAAGAUACAGUCGUCGCAGAUCAUGGGCUCGAUACAGCUGGGUAUCCAACACGCAAUAGGUGGCCUCGCUUCCAAGCCGGAACGAGAUCUGCUGAUGCAGGACUUUAUGACGGUGGAGACGACGAACUUCCCCAGCGAGGGGUCGAACCACACGCCCGCGCACCACUACUCCGAGUUCAAGUUUAAGACGUACGCGCCGAUCGCGUUUCGAUAUUUUCGAGAUCUGUUCGGAAUACAGCCGGACGAUUUUUUGAUGUCAAUGUGCAGCGCGCCCCUACGCGAGCUGAGCAACCCCGGCGCAUCGGGUAGUAUAUUCUAUUUGACGAACGACGACGAGUUCAUCAUAAAAACGGUACAGCACAAGGAGGGGGAGUUUCUGCAGAAACUACUGCCAGGAUACUACUUGAAUUUGGAUCAGAACCCACGAACUCUCCUACCGAAGUUCUUCGGUCUAUACUGCUACCAAUGCAACAGUAAGAACGUGCGAUUGGUGGCGAUGAACAAUCUGCUGCCGUCGUCCGUGAAACUGCACCAGAAGUACGAUUUGAAGGGAUCCACUUAUAAGCGGAAGGCGAGCAAAACAGAGAGACAGAAGAAUUCACCAACAUACAAAGACUUGGAUUUCAUGGAGCACCACACUGAAGGCAUUUUCCUUGAAGCCGAUACGUAUACAGCGCUUAUUAAGACUAUGCAACGGGACUGCCGCGUUUUGGAGAGUUUUAAGAUAAUGGACUAUUCCCUCCUAGUCGGCAUACACAAUCUGGACGAGGCACAACGCGAAAAAACUGAAGCUAGAAAAAGAACGGACUCCGGGCAAAGUGACGACGAGGGGGAUGGUGAGAGGAGAGGACUUAAUAGGACUCGAUCGGAUCAAACUAAAGAAGAUUUCAAGGCCCAAGUGAAACGGACACAGUCGAUAAACCGCCAACGGCUGGUAGCACAUUCUACGGCUAUGGAGAGCAUUCAGGCGGAAAGCGAACCGAUUGACGAGGAAGAGGAUGUGCCGCCCGGCGGUAUCCCAGCACGAAACGCGCGCGGCGAACGAUUACUACUUUUCCUUGGUAUUAUCGACAUUUUACAGUCUUACCGACUUCGCAAAAAGUUGGAGCACACGUGGAAGAGCAUGAUACAUGAUGGGGACACGGUAUCCGUACAUCGACCUAGUUUUUACGCGCAACGUUUCCUAGAUUUCAUGGGCAAAACUGUGUUUAAGAAAAUACCUUCGUUGGACCUACCGGAGAUCAAGGGGAACCAUCGCAAAUUCAGAACGUUGGUGACCAGCUACAUAGGUUUGACACUGAAACACUCGCCGUCUAAGCGAAAGAGCAUCGCGAAGCCGUCUAGACCGCAAGAAGAAAUCGAUACACCCGGUAUGAUAGCUAGUCUACCAAUUAGGUCGCCUAAUAUGAAUAAAAAACUACGUAUGUCUUUGCGUACGCAAACGGUCACGAUAAAUCAAUAUAGACGGAUAUACAUCGGGCGUACUAUAACGGACUAUAAUCCGGACUUGUUGAGACAAGCCAAGUCGCCUAGAUCCUCUGUACGAUCUAGUCUAAGCGACUUCACGGACACGACUAUUUCGACUUGGAACCAAAGACACCAACAACCGACGGAGUAUCCGUCAGUGCUAUCUGAUAGAUUGAAAAUCAUGGAUAGAGAUAGGAUUCAAUUUCCCAGACGGAUAGACUUCGAUACGUCGAAUUUGACGUCGCGAGAGCCCGGACCGUCUUACGAUACACAUUUAUAUAGAACGUCAGUGCACGAUAGAAUGGAGUCCCUAUCUGAUCAACUGACGAAAGUCCUAAGUACGGGAGCGGGUAGUACACACAUAAACGGCAGUUUAGCAGAUAGCGGUAUACAGACGGACAACACGAGCACCAGCGUACCCCAAAUAUACGUAGCGGACGCUCAAACAACGCCCGUCAUCAAAAUACUCAAAGACGCAGCUGUGGAUACGAGAAAUGACAAUAAUCUCCAAGACAUACCGUUCAUAGAUGAAGAGGAAUUGGAGAAACCGUGGAAGCGCAGGUCGAACAUUCUAGAGAAACACAAGAGCACAUCGAACAUUCCAGAACGUAUAGACGAAGUUAGUUCGCAGGAACAAUCGAACGAACGGCUAUCUAUGAGCUUUAAUAGAUCCAAAUCGCCGACUUUCGUCGAGAAAUUCAAGAAAUUCUUCAUGGAUAUUGGUCUGGUUAAGUCUGAGAGUUCUCCAAAUACAAGAGAAACGCACGAUUCCAGUACAUUGCCUAAGAAUCUGAAUUCUAGUUAUCGAACGCGUAGUGCGACACCAACUAAUAUAGAAACAAGGGAAGCGUCCACACUACCAAAAGACAUGAGAUUCCGUAAAGUGCGUUCUACACAAACGGUUUAUAUUAAACCAGAAACAGAUAUGUCAAGAGAACACGUAUCCGUAGUUAAAUUGAACGGAGACGAACAUAUAAAAGAUUCGGAGUCAGAGAGGUGUUUAAAAGAGGUCGUAUACGUGAGGAGUUUGGAAAAAGCGGCGAUAUAUUCGGGCAACGAUAGCGGUAGUACGAUUAUAGUAGUGCCGCCAGCUGAUUGAAGUUUAGAACAAAAAAUAGGUGGAUAAUCUGUGGAUGCAUGAAUGCAUUUAGUCUUUGUUGAAUUUGUGAGUUGUGACGUCACAUAGUACAUUGUAUACAGGGUAUAACUUGGUUCAUUUUUCUUAUCACAAUAUACAGAAUGGUUCAACAAUUUGAUUACCGUUCGACUCUGUGUAUACAGGGUGUUUCAAUUUUAUUUUGUUGUUUACCUGUAUAAUGUACUAUUGUUACGUGUGUCGUAUAGAAUAUAGUUUGACGGAUAUGACGGUAUGUUGCAAAUUGUUUCGUGGCGUUCUUUUCUAAGUAAACUAGCAGGUCCUAGUUACAGUUUCUGUUUUAAUUACGAUUUUAUUAAGUGGGAAAAUAUUAUGGAAUUGAUAUUUUGUGAGUGUAAAUAAACAUUGUUUUUUAUACUAGUCGAUUUUACGAACAAAUAUAGGAGAUAAAAAUGCUUAUUCAUUCCUGUGUAAAUGAAAAGAAGCGUGUGUGCCGAGCACAUGUGUCAGAAGUGAAACUUCUUUGCUAAGAUUCAAAGAUACCAAAAUCGUCGCCUUACUCCAUGACGUAUUAUCAUGACGCGAACGUACAACGUGCGAACGAACGCAUAACGUACGGUAUUGUCAUGACGCGACCUUGAAAUUUUACUCUCAACGCGCUUGAAGAAGUUUCACUUCAAAGAAAUGAUGUAGUUGAAAAGUUUACGUGAAUAGUGUAUUUGGAUGCAGUAGCCAUGAUACAAAUAGUUUCUAUAUAAUAAAAGUCGACCAGUAUAGAAAACAAGGUUUAAUUAAAUCAACUAAGGGCUGAUUUUUCAAUCCUUGGUUAAAACUUAUUCGUCGAAUAAUGUAUAAAACUACCAUUUUAAAAACGUAUUCUAAUCGCCCGUAUUUGACAGUUUACGUGACAUUUUAAUAUUAUCGUGUAAUACUUUAUUGGACGGAUAAGAUUUAUCCAAGCAUUGAAAUAUCGGCUCUAAGAACAAUGUAAAGAUGGCGUAUGAUAAUCAGAUUCGUAAAUAAAAGCUAAGUAAUUAAUUUAUUAAUAAAACGCCAAAGUAGUUAAUUGGAAUUGGUUGAUAAAUGACAUUGAAAAACCUUAUUUAUUGAAGGACCUAUGUGAUCGGUAAUAUAAAAAAAAAUAUUAGAAAAUAUACUAUACAAUUUUGUUUUUUAAAAAUAAUAAUGUAUGCAUUAUUUAUAUUGAGAUAAAGAAUUAAGAAACCCAGUGAUAUAUGCCUAUCUUAAUGCUACUUAAAAUUUAAAUUGACAUUUAUUAAAAAAAAACAUCCUGUUUGUAUAUUUUCAUUGAUAAUUUAUUAAAUUACUUUCUUGGUAACACAAUUUUUGAAGCUUGACAAGCUUGCAUGAACAAACAGUUUGUGCAAACUUAAUGACUGUAGAGACAAUAAAAAUCAACUUAUAAUACUAUUAUUAGUAUGUUGUCUUCUUAUAUCUUGACAUACAUGUAUAUCUUCCUUACUCUGCUUUAAAAAUAUACGUAUUUUACCCAAAAUGAUAUUUAUAUGGCAAUACACACAAAAAUUAUGAGAUUAUUUAUAAUCAUAAUCUAUUAUUAUAAUAUACGGUCUUAGUAAAUUAGUCCAGUUUAUGACGUCAUCGACGCCAUUUUAUUUUUUUUAAAUCAUGUCAAAUUGUGACGUCAUCAGUGUGACAUAAAAAAAUGUAGUUUUGUAUAUAACGUGUCUUUCACCAAGAAUUUAAUCGUAAUUUAUAUUUUUCCCUAGGUCAGUACAUUUAUUUUUAUUUUAUGUAGAUAGAGGUCAUGCAUUUUGUACUAAAUAAUUAAUUUUUAUAUAUUCUUCGUUUAGUGUAUACAAUUUCCCUUUAUUACUGUGAAUAAUAGAUUAUUAAAGUAAUAUUUAAAUAAAUUAUUUUGUUCACUGCUAUAUCCGCCAUUUUGGAUUUUACGUCACAAUCUAUUAUAGUUUUUUUAUUUUUUAUUAGGCGUUACAAUUUUAUGUUCUUUGUUCAAAUUUUUAAAAUUAAUCGAAUAAACUCACAAACAUUAUAUUAUAUUUACAUAGGUGUAUUAAAUAUUGAUAUUAAAUGUUGUACUGAAGUAAUAUUUCCUUAGUGAUUGUAAAGGUGUUUCAUACGCUUUAUUAUGUUAGGCUAUAAUAAAGGUCGGUAUGAUAUGUGUAGGUAAGUUUUGAGAUAUGUGUCGUCUGGUGAAGCCAUUAUUAUAAGUAAAAAUAUAGAUAGGUUAUUACGGGAUUGGCACGGCAUGGCUAAUUAGCUAUGUUACUUCAGUUGUCUCUUUCGCUCACGAUAGUUGAAUGCCACCUCACUUUGACGUGUAAUCGUGUGUGAAUUAAGCGCCUUAUUCACGGUCCAUCCCCGCUGUACGUCCCGCCAAGGUCAUACACGAUGCACGACGCAAAACGACAGUGAAUAGUAUUGACGUACGUCAAAAAUAACAUAAAAAUAAUAAUUAUUGACGUACGUCAAUACUAUUCAUUGUCGUUUUGCGUCGUGCAUCGUGUAUGACCUUGGCGGGACGUACAGCCAAAUGGACCGUGAAUAAGGCGCUUUAGUUUGUCGUGUUUCAAGAUCGAACGUUGUGUUGAUAACCUAUCUACACAUUUUUACUUAUAAUGUAACUGGCCUUUAGAUUUGAAAUGACAAUUAAAUAUAUAUGAUGGGUCGUCUUAACAAUGUGCAGCGUUGGCCCAAUAAAUGAUCGUCGAAGUUUGCCGCUAUUACGGCGAUUAUGAAUAAACAUCUACAAUGACGGUCGAUCAUAGACAAGGCUCUACACUAUCGUGGUUGCCUCUACUCGCCCAACGUUGCCCAUUGUGAAGAGGGCCCAUGAUGUAAUAAAUGUUUUUGCUUACGGAUUGACGGUUUUUGACGUAUUUUGUGAUGAAAUGUAACCCGUCCGUAAAAUAACGAAUGGUAUUUAUUAUUUAUAUAAAAUAUAUUUGGAAAGUGUUAAAAUCUAUACAAAUAGUAAGUAAG